CCGCGCAAAAGCGCCGCGCGCGACGCCAGACGAAGCGCUAGUACAUCACAGCGAGCGCUGCGCGCCGCCAGCCAACGCCGUCGACGACUGGCAGGCGACGAGCCGCUACGAAACGCCACGUGCGAAGCUCGGUGCAGUAACGUCUUCUCCGCACGCAUCUCAUCGACUACGCGACGCGACGCCCGCAGCGCUCGAAAGCAUCAGCAAACAAAAAUGACGAGCUACGCCGCCGCGAUAGACACGCCCGAGCGGCAACGCGCCGUCGACCAGGACUACGACGCCGCCCGCGCCGAGCGCGACGCGGCGCUGCAGAAGCUGCGGGCCCUCGCGCCGGCGAACACGUCGCCGCCGCCGCUUCCACAAAGGAAGCCGCCCAGAACGCCGCCGCGGACGCCGCGCGGCGUCCGCUUCGAGCCCACGCCCCUCGGCACGAUCAAGGAGGGAAGUUCCGAGCGCGGCUCCGAGGACGUCAAGAAGCCCGAAGAACCAAAGAAGAAGAAGAAGGGUCUAUUAGCGAGAAUUAGGAGAGGCGUCGCGAAGCGCGUCGGAACGUCAUCAAGUAAGCCGCGGGCCUGGGAACCUACACAGAAGCGCAAGCCCGCUCCGAAAAAGAAGGGCCGCCUCAGCGAGCAGCCUUUUGCUCCUACGGAUUUCGAGCGGAGGCGCGUGCUAGGUCGAGGCGGCUUCGGCGUCGUCUACCUCGUCGAAAAGAAGCUCGCCCCGGACCAAGGGCGGAACUACGCGAUGAAGGUCCUCGACAAGCACAAGCUCCUGAAGGGCGGCCAGCGGUCCCAGGCGAGGUUGGAGCGAGACGUUUUGAGGGUGGUCCGGCACCCCUUCGUCGCGCGGCUGCGGCUGUCCUUCCAGACGGAGACGAGGCUGUAUCUUCUCUCAGAUUUCUACUGCGGUGGUUGUUUGACGGAGUUCCGGAGGGACCACGACGUAAGCAAGGAAGGAGCGCGCUUCUACGUCGUCGAAUUGGCGCUGGCGCUGGCCUACCUCCACGCGCAGGGCGUCGUCCACCGCGACCUCAAGCCGGCGAACGUGCUCGUCGAUAGACAAGGACAUGUGGCGUUAUGUGAUUUCGGCAUCGCCGCGGCCUGUUCCGAGACGAUGAAGACGCCCCACAAGAAGAAAGGUGCCAAGACGCCGGCGACGCCGCGGCGACGGUCCUUCUGCGGGACGAUCGACUACAUGGCUCCGGAGUUACUCAGAGGCGAACCGUAUGAUGAUGGCGUCGACUGGUGGGCUCUUGGGUGCGUGUUCCACGAGCUCUUGAGCGGCAAGCCGCCCUUCUCGCGGGACCGACCGCGGGACAUGUUCUGCGCUAUUCUCAGAGAGGAGCCGCCUUCCCUUAUAAUGAAGUGCGGCGUCGAAUGCAACGAUGCGGUCCAGGGCUUGCUGAAGAAGUCUUCCGGAGAGAGGUUCGGGAGCGACGCCUUGCGGUCUCAUGCCUUCUUCGCUGACGUCGAUUGGUCAAAAAUGGAGCGCAAGGAGGUGGCGCCGCCGCACGCGCCUGUCCUGAAACCUUAUCUGGUGGAGACGCCCGCCGGCGUCAAGUGCGUCUCUUCGGGAAAGCUGCCUCCAUUAAAUGACGACGGCGAGUCGGACGAGGACGACUCGUCCUCCAGGCGAGUCGUCCAGGACGCGUUCCGCGGCUUCGCCUACGCCGGCGACGACUAGUGUGCACUUAAGGAAU